UUUUAAGGAAAGUGUCUGUGGUACUGUGGUCCCAGCACAUGUGUACCAGACAGAGUGAGUAAAGAGAGCAAAGAAGAUAGUUUUACACAGCCCAAAACUUCCACCCACCUGGCAGGCAAGGACUUAUAAACAGGACAGUUACACAAACCUGGCCUCAGACUGUAGCUUUGACAAAACCAGAUGCAGGAGACGUGAGGCUGACUCAAUAACAGGGGCUGAAACACACUACUGUCAAAUACACUUACACUGACAAGUGACUAAAGAGAAAGGAGAGUGAUACAGUGCUGAGAUUGAGACGCAGGGAUUUACUAAAGGACCUCUGCAAGAACAGAAGGACCCUGGAUGGACACCCUUUGCAGUCUCAGUGGCUUGGAUCCUCUCUGGGACUGGAAUCUCACAUGGUAUACACCACACCCAGACCUUACCCAAUGCUUCCAGCACACAGUACUGGUGUGGUUCCCCUGUUUCUAUCUCUGGAUUUGUGCCCCUUUCUACUGCUUAUAUCUCAAAUUCUAUGACCAUGGGCGUAUAUCGAUGUCAAGCCUUUGUUUUGCCAAGACGGGUUUGGGACUUUGUCUGGCUUCCUUUGGUUUCUUGGAGUUGAUCUAUCUUCUGGUGAAAAGGAACAAUGAUAUUGAGCAUCAUAUGGUCUUUCUCCUGAGCCCCAUCAUUCGCAGUCUUACUAUGAUACUGGCAGUGUUUGUGAUGCACCUGGAGAGAUUGUGGGGAUGCCGUUCUUCUAUUUUUCUUUUCUUGUUCUGGACACUGACAGUGGUGUGUUCACUGGUUCCUCUCAGAGCCAACAUACAGGCCAUCGUAGACCAGGGUUUCUCUGCGGAUGCCAUGAGAUUUGUGGCAUUUUUCGUGUUCUUUUCCCUCCAGUUGGCUCAACUCAUCCUCAGCUGUUUUGCUGAUCAGCAUCCAGAGACUUUCAAACCUGUUUAUGUAAAGAACCCUUGUCCAGUUGAGGAUGCUUCAUUCUUAUCAAAACUACUGUUUUGGUGGUAUGGCAGAUUGGUUGUGAAGGGAUAUCGCUCUCCUUUGAAAGCAGAAGAUCUUUGGUCGCUACGAGAAAAGGAUACGUCUGAAAAAAUAAUCUGUGACCUUGAGAAAGAAUGGGCCAAGCAAAGGUCCAAACUCCAGCAAAAGGAGUGUACUCUGAAUGCGGCGCAGGCUCUUGGAUAUAAGCUAAGUGAGCAGACCCAGCUCCUCAGAAAACUCCAUAAAGAGCAAAGCUCAGGUUUCUGUCUGCUCCGGACACUGGCCAAAACCUUCGGCCCUUAUUUUCUGACCGGGACACUCUGUUUGGUCAUCCAAGAUGCUUUCAUGUUCUCCAUCCCACAGGUGUUAAGUCUUCUGCUUGGAUUUGUGAGGGAUGAAGACGCCCCCUUGUGGAAGGGAUACCUCUUUGCCUUUUUGAUGUUCCUGUUGUCUUGUCUGCAGUCCCUUUUUAACCAUCAGUACAUGUAUACCUGUUUCACAGUGGGCAUGAGGGUUAAAACUGCAGUUAUGGGUCUGGUAUACAGGAAGUCUCUGGUCAUCAACAGUGCGGCCCGUAGGACGUGUACAGUAGGAGAGAUAGUUAACCUGGUUUCUGCGGACACCCAGAAACUGAUGGACUUCGUAGUGUACUUCAAUGCCGUUUGGGUUGCCCCAAUUGAAAUUGCCUUGUGUCUUUACUUUCUUUGGCAGCAUCUUGGACCAUCUGCCCUGGCAGGCAUUGCCACAGUGAUUCUCAUCUUUCCUUUAAACGGGUUCAUUGCCAAAAUGAGGAGCAAGAUCCAGGAGGUCCAGAUGAAGUACAUGGAUGGACGCAUUAAGCUCAUGAAUGAGAUCCUGGGCGGAAUAAAGAUCCUGAAGUUUUAUGCCUGGGAAAAUGCCUUCAGGGAGCGAGUCCUCGGCUACAGAGAGAAAGAGCUGAAAGCUCUGAAGAAAUCGCAGAUCCUGUACUCCAUAUCUGUCGCCUCCUUCAACUCCUCCACUUUCUUGAUUGCAUUUGCCAUGUUUGGAGUGUAUGUGCUGAUAGAUGAUAAACACGUCCUGGAUGCUCAGAAGAUCUUUGUGUCCAUGGCCCUCAUCAACAUUUUGAAAACUCCACUAAGUCAACUGCCCUUCGCUAUGGGUACCAGCAUGCAGGCUGUAGUUUCUCUCAAACGUCUCGGAAAGUUUCUCUGUCAGGAUGAGCUGAAAGCAGACAAUGUGGAGAGAGUUCCCUACAGUCCUGAUGUUAAUAGUGUCGUUAUGGACAAUGGCACAUUUAGCUGGUCCAAAGACGGCUUACCAUGCUUAAAGAAGAUCAAUGUGAAAGUGCAGCAUGGUUCACUGGUGGCUGUGGUGGGGCAUGUGGGCAGUGGAAAAUCUUCUCUUCUGUCUGCAAUGCUGGGAGAGAUGGAAAAGAAAAGCGGCCACGUUACAGUCAAGGGCUCUGUGGCUUAUGUGCCUCAGCAGGCCUGGAUUCAGAACGCCACUCUCAAAGACAAUAUUUUAUUUGGACGGGAGAGAAAACACAGCUGGUACCAAAAAGUAUUGGAGGCCUGUGCUCUCCUACCAGACCUGGAGAUCCUACCUGCAAGAGAUGCCACAGAGAUUGGAGAGAAGGGGCUGAAUUUGUCAGGGGGUCAGAAACAGAGAGUGAGUCUGGCCCGUGCCGUCUACAGAGAGGCUGAUGUCUAUCUUCUGGAUGAUCCCCUGUCAGCUGUGGAUGCACAUGUGGGUCAGCACAUCUUUGAAAGAGUUAUUGGACCUAAUGGGAUUCUCAAGAAUAAGACCCGUAUUCUGGUGACCCAUGGGCUGAGCUUCCUGCCGCAGGCUGACCUGAUCCUGGUGAUGGUGGAUGGAGAGAUCACUGAGAUGGGCUCUUAUGCCGAGCUUCUGAGUAGAGAGGAUGCGUUUGCUGACUUUGUAAAAGCCUUUGCGGGUAAUGAAUGCAAGGAGAACGCCAUUCACAGAGGAACCAGAAAAUCUGUUUCUCGUCUCAGUAUGACAGACUUCUCUAUUGACCUCUCCCAGGAGCAACUUAUCAGUGGAGACAUGGGAAGUGCCAAUAUACAAACAAUGGAGGCUAUACCUGACACAGAACAAGAACAGGACCAGGAGGAAGUUGGGAGACUCACCCAGGCUGACAAAGCCCAUACAGGCCGGGUGAAGCUAGAGAUGUAUGUGGAGUAUUUCAGGACCAUCGGUCUGGCCCUCAUCGUCCCCAUCAUCUUCCUCUAUGCAUUCCAACAAGCCGCCUCACUGGCCUACAACUACUGGCUAAGCCGAUGGGCGGACGACCCAGUUGUAAAUGGAACGCAAGUGGACACGGACCUGAAACUUGGCGUUUUUGGAGCACUCGGCCUUGCACAAGGAAUUGGGAUUUUCGGCACCACCGUGGCUAUUUCAAUAGGAGGAAUAAUUGCAUCCCGACAUCUUCAUUUGGAACUCCUCAACAAUGUGCUUCACUCCCCCAUGUCCUUCUUUGAGAGUACACCCAGUGGCAACCUCCUCAAUCGUUUCUCCAAGGAGAUAGACGCCAUUGACUGCAUGAUUCCCGAUGGUUUGAAGAUGAUGCUUGGCUACGUCUUCAAACUGCUGGAAGUUUGCAUUAUCGUCCUGAUGGCGACUCCAUUUGCAGGGGUGGUCAUACUGCCAUUGACUCUACUCUACGCCUUUAUUCAAAGCUUCUAUGUGGCCACUUCAUGCCAAUUACGUAGACUUGAGUCUGUGAGUCGUUCACCCAUCUAUACUCACUUCAAUGAGACAGUCCAAGGAGUCAGUGUGAUCCGGGCCUUUGGAGAACAGCACAGGUUCAUUCUGCUAGCUAACAGUCGAGUGGACCACAACCAAACUGCCUACUUUCCAAGAUUUGUGGCCACGAGGUGGCUGGCAGUCAAUCUUGAGUUUCUUGGUAAUUUGCUAGUCCUUGCUGCUGCCAUACUAUCCGUCAUGGGAAGAGAGACUUUAAGCCCCGGAAUUGUGGGGCUCGCCGUAUCCCACUCUCUCCAGGUAACUGGGAUCCUGAGUUGGAUUGUGAGGGCAUGGACUGAUGUAGAAAACAACAUCGUCUCAGUUGAAAGAGUAAAAGAAUAUGCCGAAACACCAAAAGAGGCACCCUGGACAUUCGAGGACAGUUUACUACCCGUAAGCUGGCCCAAAACCGGCUCCAUUGAAUUCCAGGAAUACGGUCUUCAGUAUCGCAGGGGUCUUGACUGGGCUUUGAAAGAAAUUACCCUCAGUGUUAAUGAGAGAGAGAAAGUUGGAAUUGUGGGAAGAACGGGUGCUGGAAAGUCAUCUCUUGCUCUCGGAAUCUUCCGGAUCCUUGAGGCAGCAAAAGGAGAGAUUUUCAUAGAUGGGUUAAAUAUUGCAGAAAUUGGACUGCAUGAACUAAGGUCUCGUAUCACCAUCAUACCACAGGAUCCAGUGCUGUUCUCCGGUUCCCUACGUAUGAAUCUGGAUCCCUUCGAUGGCUACACAGAUGAGGAUGUUUGGAGAGCUCUUGAACUGGCGCAUCUCAAGAACUUUGUGUCUGGACUGCCUGACAAGCUGAACCACGAGUGUUCAGAGGGAGGAGAAAACCUCAGUUUGGGUCAAAGACAGCUGGUUUGUCUGGCUCGAGCUCUUCUCAGGAAGACCAAGAUUCUGGUUUUGGAUGAAGCCACAGCAGCUGUGGACCUGGAGACGGACAAUCUGAUUCAGUCCACCAUUAGGACUCAGUUUGAGGACUGCACCGUUCUGACCAUCGCACACCGCCUCAACACCAUCAUGGACUACACUAGAGUGAUCGUAAUGGACAGAGGUUACAUCACAGAGAUGGAUACUCCAUCCAAUCUAAUCUCUCGGCGUGGUCAGUUUUACAGAAUGUGUCAGGAGGCUGGUCUAAUAUGAACUUUCACUGCCUAAAUACCUAAAGUGACCUUCAGCAACAAUCAUCUCAGUCCAUCAAGAGAGUGAAACAAUACAUCUUACACCCAUGACCUUUCCAUCACACAACUUACAAUUAAGAAUAUAUAAUAUGUAUAAUCAUAGAUGCUUCCUCCCUCAAGAGGAACACAAUGCUACGAGCUCAGGAUGAAAAGGAUUGCAGUGUAGAGAAGCGGUGCAUUUCUUUACGGUGGACUUCAGAUGACUGAGGUGCUACACAAUGCGAAGACUUGUGUAACUUACCACAUAGGUAUUCAAAGGUGGCUGAACAUGGUCAAGAUUGUGCUCACCCACCUUGACCAUCUUGAAGGUUGAGAGGAACUCUGUUAUUUUAUUUUUAGAAAUUAUAAUGACAGGACAAAACUAUAGAAACAGACAUCAUUUUACUGGCACCUUUUAGGAUAUUAUGAUCAUUAGAGUUUAAUGAUCAUGUCGGGACAAUAAACCCUGAAAGAUGAAAGACUCUGUUUAGGUUAUCAGGAUGUUAGAAACAUCAAUUUUGUAAAGUGCAACACAUAGAGUAUCAUUAUACAGAACUUGUGUUUAUUAAUAUUAGUAUUUUAGGUUUUAAUUUCUAAAUCAGUAUUUAUGUAUUUUGUACUGUACAAUAUCUCAUUUUUAAAUAUUUAUAUGUUUUUAUGCACACUUCAUACUUGAAAAAUUAAUUUUCAUCUCAAUUAAAAGUUCAGAAGCUAAA